AUGUUUAUUAUAAUAAUCUUUUUCAAUGUAUUUAAGAUAUUAUUACUCCAACUACUGGUCGCAAUGACGUCAGCAGCAGUAAUAAGCGACAUUGGAGGGCUUUAUUUUUUAAACUCACCAAAACCAAACGAAGAUACUGAUUCACAAAACGGACGGGAUAUUGAUGGACUGUUCUCCUACAACAGCGAUAACUUUGCCAAUUAUCCGCAACGAAGCAAACGGGACGUUCAUCGAUCUUCAGAUAUCUAUCGUGAAAGUAAAAGCCUUCCAAUCGACAUUGAUCAAAUUUACGGUCAAAAGUUCCCAGUUACGGAGAUGGCGAACUCAAAAACUGACGAUUUGGAUGGACUUUAUUCUUAUAGCAAUCCUGAUGGCAUUAACUAUCCUCAUUACGCAAGAAAGCGCACCACUCGCCAGACUCCUGAUGUCAUCAGUGAACUUUCAAAGGAUAGAAACAGCGCACAAGACAAUGACCAACCUCAUGGUCAAAUGUCAUCAGUUUUUGUGGAACCGAAGAACGGUGAAGAUGAUGUGAACACACUUUAUAUUUACAACAAUGAUAAUGGUGACAAAUAUCCACUUGGAAGCAGGCAACGUUUUGUUUACGUCAACGCUUUUGGAGACGUCAAUGGAGCGAUCCACACUGAUUAUAUUCGGCGUAAAAACCUACAAGUCUUCAUCGAACAACUUAAAAACUUCAACAUUCCUGGAUUUGACGCCGUUAAAUUCUACAACGACGUAAUGGACUUUUAUCAUCGUUACGACCUUUUGCCUAUUCAUGUUCAAGUACAACCAGCAUUUGACCAAGAUUUCAUCGAUGUUGAAGGACUUUAUCAACAAAAUGGAAUUCCACGUGAUGAAAUGCCUAGACCAAAGGACAUUGACAAUCUUUAUCAGUACAAUGGUAACUAUCCAGUUUAUCCACAACACUCGGCUUACGUUUAA